UUUUUCCCCAUCCUGUGUCAUAAGAGCAGGACUGAUGCAUCAGCGAAAGACUCGCAAACAGUGGAGCGGGGCAGCAGACCUCAGUUAAUGGGGUGAUUCCUCCCGGAGAGGACGUAGAGGAGGUAUUUCAUACAGUCAAUUUUAAGUGACUUCUUAUAACUGGGGAUGCCAGUCCGCCGAGGCUCAUUGCGACUCUGGGUUAUAAACCCGUUCAGGUCGAUGCGCAGUGUUUCGAAGUCUCCUAGCGUUUAGCAUUUGCACAGUGGAAUUCAGACCAAUAAUGCUAGACUAGUAUCACAUGUCUGAACAAGCUAUAAUAAUAAUAAUAAUAUAUAAUGCAUAACAAUGCAUGACAAAUAGUAUGUCUAUUCUGAAAGGAUUCUUCUGCGCUCUUCGUUAAUUCAAAGACUUGACGGAUUUAAGACAUCCCUGAUUGAGGACGUUGAGAAUAUGAUGGAUCGUCGUUUUUAUGCUGCACUGGUGCUGCUAGUUUUUUAUUGUGUUCUCCUCUCGGAUUCGGAAGCGAGCUCCUUGAAAACACAGGCUGAUCUCAACCACACCGGAGAAACGGAGGACUGUCCGGAGAACAAAAUCCUCACAGUCGAGUACACCUGCAUCAAGGCGGGGGGUAAAAAUGGCACCUGCCUCCGGAGGAAGUGCUGUGAAGGCCACAGGUUUGUGAUGGGCCACUGCAUUCCAGAAAGCGUGGAUGUGUGCGAGGGGUCUCCCUGUGAGCAGCAGUGCACCGACAACUUCGGCCGCGUAGUCUGCACCUGCUAUCCCGGCUUCCGUUUCGACAGGGACCGCCACCGGCACCAUCAGCACCCCUACUGCCUCGACGUGGAUGAGUGCGAAGAGUCCAAUGGCACCGUGUGUGAACAGGACUGCACAAACACACCAGGCAGCUUCCUGUGUGGCUGUCGUCAUGGUUACAGCUUGGCGCCAGACCGUCGUACCUGUGUGGUCAGUAAAAGCUUGAGCUCCGCGGGGAAAUCAGACACCCUGAUGAGUAGCGAGUCCUGUUCCGUCACUUGUCAGGACUUUAUCAGCAUGAGGAACAGCCUGCUGCAGAUUAAACUGAGACUGGGCAGCACACCACCUAGUGGGCAGAUACCAUCCCCUGACUUGGCCAACCGCAGCGACAAGCCAUCCCAUGGAUGGAUGGGCAAAGGGCCGGAUGCCCUCAGCCUGCCUGGUCCUCCAGGUGCCCCGGGGGUCCCAGGACCCCAAGGAGAGCAUGGAGAGAAGGGUGAACCAGGUUUUAGGGGCCCCCCCGGCCCCCAGGGGCCACGUGGUGAUAUGGGCCCUAUGGGUCCCGAGCCUGACCUGUCACACAUCAAACGUGGUCGCAGGGGUCCAGUGGGACCUCCUGGGGCACCUGGGAAGGAUGGACAGAAGGGCGAGAGAGGUUAUCCAGGACCCAGAGGCCUAGCAGGACCCCCGGGAUCAUUCGACUUUCUCUUGCUCAUGAUGGCAGACAUUCGCAAUGACAUAAUCGAGCUCCAGGAGCAGGUGUUUGGGAGGAAGCGGGACAUUACACUGGAAAGCCCUCCCCACUCCUCCGGGGAAACGAGCUUCGGGGACUGGGGAUCAGGGGGGGAGGAUUUCCCGCUGGAUACCUGACCCCCAGACCUGUAGUACCAGUGAAACAACCAUGACAUCCACUAAGUCUGCAGGUCACAGGAGGUGACUUUCCUGUUGCACGCAACCCUAAAUGCCAAAUUAUGAGAUGGACAGAUAGCCCGUCUGCCUCGCUGCAUUUGUGGACACCUCGGAGGCCUCUGACAUUAUGUCUGUCAAACUUUUCCAUGCAGCAGGUGUGUGAGAAAACAAGUUCUAAUGGGCCUUCUGUUGGCAAAAUAGUUUUCCCGUAGGAACUAGAGUCUCACAUCCCUGGGGAGUGAAUGGCACUCGUGUUUUGUUUAGGCUUCCGGAGAUAAACAUCUCUUACCAGAUUGGCAUCAAACGGUUAUGUGAAUGAAUGAAGAACCUUUGAGGUUAUAAAUAUCCUCUCUGCUUUGGAUUUCUUCGAGGGUUGCCACGUUCUGUCCUUGCCGGGGUUUGCUGAAUGUUCUUUCCCAGGAAGGAGCAGCUAUUCAUGGGCUCAGAAAGACCAAUGAAGGACACAGGUUCUCUUUAGGGGAUAAAAACAGUCAAAAACGUAAAAAAAUACUUGUCCACAAGCCCUACUACCCCAAGUCACACGUAUUUACUGUCUGACACUCCCCCUGUCACCGCAUCUGCAUUUGAUAUAUGUGAUGAAAGAGGAAGGACUCUUGGGAAUGUGAUUUUACAAUCUGCCCUGCGUGAUUUUGGCUGGUAAGCAGCCCAACACCUUAGCAGCUCGAUGGGUCCAUGGAAACCAUUCUCCAGUGUGUGUAUGUCUGAAAGAGCGUAUAUCAUCAAAUUAUAAAGGCUAAGAAUGUGCAUAACUGUAAUAAAGAGCAAUAAAGUACUCCAUUAAAGUA